CAGUAAUAGCUUCUCCAAAGUAUAGAAGUUUGAUAGUGCCAAUAAAUUUCAUUUGAUUUCGCUUUUUAUUGAAGCCAACCUCUGAAACAGGUGUUGAUUUUUGACAUAAACAGAAGAUACUACACAGCAUGAACCCAAAAAGCUAAGUUCAGAACAUAUUUAGUUUUGGUCUUUCUCCCUUAAAGAGUCAUUGGCCUAAACAUUAACUGCCGAAAGGCAAGAUAUUUUUAUGGAGUUUUCACUUUUCCCUGUCGGAUGGGAGUCUGUUGUGCUUGCAUAUUAGACAUUGUUUAGACCCCAGAGAAACACACAUAUGAUAAGAAAUUGACCAAGGGAAAAAACAUGUUGUCAUAUAAUUUUCUUUCCUUGAAAAAUCUUGAUCUGUGGUGAUAGGAUGUCUAUCAUGAUUUUUCUUUAGGAAGUCUUUAUUUGGACCCACUUAAUUGUGACACAGGAUAUAGACCCAAGCAGAAGACCGGGUGCUGGGCCUGAUGGUUAUGCUGUACUGAAGAUGCAUCCUUUCUUCAAGGGAGUUGACUGGAAGAAUAUAAGGGGGCUAAUCCCUCCAAAACUUGCUUUAGAACCAAUGGCUCAUUCGGGUGAUUGUGAUGAUGUUAACGAUUCUUCAUGGAACCCUUCUCACAUUGGGGAUGGUUCAGCAAAAGCAAAUGAUGGGAGUGGUGGUGCCUCAUCAUCAUGUGACGUAUCUCAUAUAACUCGGCUUGCUUCAAUUGACUCCUUCGACUCAAAAUGGCAACAAUUUUUGGAUCCGGGUGAAUCCGUUCUUAUGAUCUCAAUGGUGAAGAAAUUACAGAAACUAACAAGUAAGAAGGUUCAGCUUAUUCUCACCAACAAGCCAAAAUUGAUCUAUGUGGACCCUUCAAAGCUUGUGGUAAAGGGAAACAUAAUUUGGUCUGACAAUUCGAACGACCUCAAUAUCCAAGUAACAAGUCCAUCACAUUUCAAGAUUUGCACGCCAAAGAAGGUCAUGUCGUUUGAAGACGCAAAACAGAGAGCGUGGCAGUGGAAAAAGGCGAUCGAGGGUCUUCAAAACAGGUGAAAUCUGUUUGUGAUUUUGACUGAAAUAUACUUUUGUUAUCGACGAACAUGGGAUUCUUAAGCAAUCGACUUCCUGAAGAAAUAUUUAUUGGCCGAAGAGAUUCACAUUGCAGAUUCAGCUUUAUCAAGGUAUGAUGCCGCAGCCCCCACUACCAUUCCUUCCAUGUUGCUUAGAGCUAAGUUUGUGAGCAGGGGUGUUUUGUCCAUUUUGAGCAGUAAGUUAACAGAAUGUGAAAUGUUAGGGUCUGUUGGGGGCUUAAGGGUUCCAUUACUUUUGUACCGUAUUAAAGUUUACCUGCCAUCAAUGAAAAUUUUCCUUUUGAUUAAA